AAAAGCAAUACAUAUUUUCAGCGGAUUUGAGUUCACUAACAUCUUGUAGAGCUGCAUACGCACACUUUGGAUAGGAUCAGUCUUAAGUUACCGAGGGGCCUCGCGUUGACCGGUUCCAGCCAAGCCUAUAAGCCAUAUUGCAAGCGGCAGGUAUCCAUGGCUUUCGCAGCAGCCGACCUCGCACCAGAAAUGCUGCAGCUUAACGGUCAGCUACCAGAUUGGGUGGAGGACGAGACCGACGUUCUGCCGCUGACGCCAACCCAGCCAAUGGAGCAGCCCACAUUCGGCCCUGAGACUGAUGCUGCUGAGGCACAACAAGAAAGCCGCUCGGCCAGGCCCAAACGUCCACUUGCACCUUACUCCCAGCGCGAAAUCUACGAGAAGAAACCGCUCUCAAGUCGCCGUAUGCCCGCUUCAAGCGGCAGGCGCUCAAUCAACAAGGCCACGCCCGACAGCAGCACUCCAGGCACCGGCGCUGGACUCAAAUCGCACGCAACCUCCACUGCCAUGUCUCCAAGUGCAAGCAUUCCUGCGAUCACCGCCCGCCGCAGCACCGCCACGACCAAGGCAACAGCCACAACUACCGGCGACGAAUCCACCACUGCUCGGAUGCGCGCUGCUCCGGACACCGGCAUGUCUCCUCGCCCGCUUUCCAGCCGACAGCAACACGUUCCCCACCACAUGCAACCAACCAAGUCGGCUGCAGCCCGCCUGCAGCUAGCUGGUGUUACCGCCUCCGAGCUUACUGGUGCUGCUGCUGCUGGUGCUUCCACAGCAGCUGACAAGUCCCGCGCCUUCAAGGCCGGACGUACUGCGGCCGCUGGCAAAGCCGCUAACAAGAUCAAGCAGCAGCAGCAGCGGCAACAGUCUCAGCAGUCCAUGGAGGCAGCUCCCAAGUCCUCACGCGACACCCACGCCAGCACCCCGGCUUCCCAACCGCAGCAACAUGAGCAAGACCAGGGCCAGCAGCCUGAUCAGCUGACAUUGUCAUCAGGCAAGAGCCCUGCCAAGAGCCCGGCCAAGAUGGCUGCCAUCUUCGUCCGGCCCUCAACCACCCCCACCGUCAGCGGCGGCGGAGCUCCUGAGGACGCCGCCAUUCCUGCUGCCGCCAUCGCCACCAACCCCAGCGAUGGCGAUGCCGUGCACGCGCCGUCCGCAGCCUGCAAGUCCACCUCCGGUCCUGCUGCCGCAUCCGCACCUGCUGCUUCCAUCACCGCCUCUCCCCGGCGGCCGCAGCAUCACCCGCCCUCGCCGCACCUCCCUGCCAUUAGAUCCAAGGGGACGUCUGCCACCACAACCCCCAAGCGCUCCAACGCGGCCGCCUCCUCCAAGGAUAAGGCCAAGGACAACAGCAGCAGCAACCGCCACCAUGACGGCGACAACGACUGCUGCGUGCAGCGCGACGCCAAGACUCCCGCCUCCAGUCGCGAUGCCGCUGUCACUCCCGCCAAGCCCAAAUCCACCACCGUGCGCGCCCUCUCCCCUGCCGUGGCUGCUGCUGCUGCGCCUACCGCUGCGCCGCCGGCGUCCCCAGCAGCGGAAGCGGAGAGCAGCGCCCUUGCCGCAGCCAUUAGCCGCGAGGUCGAGCCGGUGGUGCAGGAUGAGGCGAUCGCGGCGGAGAAGGAUGUGACGCUGGAUGUUGAUGGCGACGCCUCGGUUGCGUCGGCGACUCCGAGCAAGAGGGGGGCGGAUCAGCAGCAGGGCCCGGUGGACCCGCAAGAGGAGAUGGCGGCGGCGACGGCGUGGCGCAGCAUGGACGAGGGGCGGCCGGUGGAGCAGGGCUGUGGCUGUGUGGUGAUGUGAGCAGCGGGCGGUGUAAGCCUCGGGCGGCAGGGCAUCUGUGUGGUGGAUGGCAUGCAUUUCGAUGGAAUGCGAGGGUUGCGGUGCAGCAGGGUGGGUGAGAACCGGAGGAGGGCAAUCGCCGACCUGUGCUAUUGGAGUGUGAUUCAUGGGUACGUUGACGAAGUCUGGAUUGCCUGAGGAGGUAGUUCAACGGAGUCGCAAGGAAACACAACCUUUGGAGGUACAGAGAAAGUAUGUGGUAGAAGACCUGUGGGUGUGCUGAGAAGGCUGGUAGGUGGAUGGAUGGGUUGGUGUUUGUUGUACAUAGUUGUAGUUCUAGCCGUUGGAGCCAUAGAUGUUGGGAGGACGCCGUGCUUGGCUCUGUCAUAGUUUCAGCCAGUGAGCUUGGGUGCUGCUGUGUUCGCUGCCUGCCCGGGUGUCUGCUGCCGGACAAACCCAAACCCUAGUAGUUUGGUGGGCAGCAGCAACAAGCAUGGCCCGCAACCUCACAGCUCGACACGUUCUUAUUCUUUGAUUGUAGUGUGGAUGCAAUCCUAGGCACAGCAGCGCACCGGACAGUGACGGUUGCAUGUCUGAUCUACCGUACCCAUGUCACCUGCGCAUGUCAUGACGGAGGCGCCAUGGAACGGACAACCGGCGCCGUCACCACUGCCGUGUGGUGUGGGCCUUGAGCACCCUUUUGGCCCCUUUCCUCUAUUAUUUGGUGAUCUUGUCUUGUCUCUCUUGUCUUGUCUCCUCUGGCCCCAGUCGUGUUGGGAAGCUAGGGAGCCCCAGGACGCACGGCUUUCGCGAACAGACUAGCUGCCGUGAUCAGUGCCGCAUUACGGCACAACACGUGAUUGAUUCGUCGACAUGACGAGGCGUCCAAUCUGUUGUCCCCUAGGGUUUCGUUCUAAAUUUUCUUAAUCUCUGGACACGACGCCGCUGACAAAACGUGUGCGAUAUCGUAAUGUGUAUAGAUGAAGUGUGCUACACCUUGCUGCGACUAUCGUCGUAGCUUUGAUUCUUACGCACCUUACGGUGCUCCCUCUUAGGCAACAUGUCUAGGUUCGAACCUGUGCUAACCUGAGACAGGAGUUCGACGUUUAGGCAUCUAGCAAGCUAGGCGGCGUGUCCCUGGCAUCUAAGGACACUUGCCGACCUUGUACGAACGGCUUCGGGGGUGUCUUGUUGGUACUGACUAGAUGAUAUGGACCAUGCGAAUAAUUUUCGCGCUGUUGUCUUGACGUCUGUUGUACAUGUACCACGGGUCUUCCGAACACUGCAGUAUGACUAAACGUACUGCCACUAUAUCUGCCGGGGCGUGCAGCUCUGAAUACGUGCAGCACUCGGGCCUUGUAAAGGUCAAUGUCUUCG